UGCGGGGCUGUGAUUGAAGGUUGCCCCGGCGCCGAGGCCUUUUAUAUCGGGACUCGAGCGUCGUUUGUGCGUCUCCUCUCCGCCGCUUCGCUGACGGUCUGUCCCGGGGAGCUGAGAGGCGGACAGCCGCAGUGCAGCAGCAGCAGCAGCAGCAGCGCCCGGUUAUAACGAGGGAAGCGGCUCCUCUGCAGUGUUCAACGUGCAUUUCCCCUGUCCUGCCCAAUGCUUGAUGCGCUACAGCAUGACCACAGCAGCGGCGGCUCAUCUCAUACUUCUGGCAAAUGAAAAUGGAGGAGGUUUCAAUGUCCAGCCUGGACAACAGCAAGCUGGAGGGCCUAGCUCAGGACAUCCUGUCUGACCUGGUGGAGGAUGCAUGCCUGGGUCUUUGCUUCGACGUCCACCGGGCUGUCAAGCAGGGUUAUUUUUUCCUGGAUGACACGGACCAAGAAAGCAUGAGGGACUUUGAAAUCGUGGACCAGCCGGGACUGGACGUGUUUGGCCAGGUGUACAACCAGUGGAAAAACAAAGAGUGUGUGUGUCCCAACUGCAGCCGAAGCAUCGCCGCGUCCCGCUUCGCCCCGCACCUGGAGAAAUGUCUGGGGAUGGGACGCAACAGCAGCCGUAUAGCCAACCGCAGAAUAGUCACUGGUAAUAACACAAACAACAAAUCAGAGAGUGACCAAGAGGAUAAUGACGACGUCAAUGAUAAUGACUGGUCUUAUGGGGCAGAGAAGAAAGCUAAGAAAAGGAAAUCUGAUAAGAAUCCAAACUCACCCAGAAGAUCCAAAUCAUUCAAGCAUAAGAGCAGCAUGAUGGGUCCUAGACGUCGGCUGGACAACCAGGAGAGUCCGCGCAUGCUAAUGAAAGAUGAGGCAUUCCCUCAAUAACACACUCAGCCACAAAUACACGUUAUCUUGCCAUCAUGUGUGUGUGUGUGUGUGUGUGUGUGCACGUACCUACACACACUCAAGCACGGGGAGACCAACACUUCACCUUUGGUUCUUAAUCAUGUGAUAUCAAUGGACGUUGAAGGCAACAUUUAUGGUGUUCGCUGCUCUGCAGAAGCAGUCCAGACCUCCUACUGUAUACUUGACAGAUUUUAUUUUUCUUCCACAAAGUCAUUGUACCAACACUCAUUUUAUUUUUGUUGAGUUAGUUUUUUUGUUUUGUUUUUUUUGCUGCAGUCCCAAAUAAUAAAUAUCAGCGCACACGAUUUGACUGCACAGAAGUAGAUUGUGUUGUAAAUGCAUCCAAUGGCCCGAACACAGGGCAGCUGUGUGCGCCCACAAUAUGUUGUUUCUUAAAAUACACAAAUGAUUAGGCAUUAGGUGUAGUUAAAGUUUCCUCACCUGUUUAAAAAAAAAAAAGAUCUCAUUCUUUGAAAAAAAAUUACGUCAAAGACAAUCUUUGUUAGUUGUUUGUCUUUUUAUUUUCACAUUCAUUGUCGGGCUCAGAGCUCUCCAGUUGAAUUGUAACCCUGUGUGUGUGUGUGUGUGUGUGUGUGUGUGUGUGUGUGUGUGUGUGUGUGUGUGUGUGUGUGUGUGUGUGUGUGUGUGUGUGUGUGUGUGUGUGUGUGUGUGUGUGUGAGAGAGAAAUAAUUCACCUGUGGAAACUUGUUCUGAAAAUGUUCAGUAAAUGAACCCCUAAUUGUACAAGCAGGUAUUUACUUCAGAAAGCAGCAGGUUUCUUUUUUGAUUUUUGUUUUUUUUUGGUGGAUAGACCGGCUUGUUUUCUAGCAUUGAAAUGAUGUGUUCGUAUCAUGUGUUUACAUUGUAAAGGGUGACAUAUAUCCUUUUUGUGUGACGUGUUAGUGUAAAUAUUCCAAUAGUUCAAUUGCUGCUAUCAUGGCUCAGUUUGUUUCAUCUGUCUAGCAUAAUAAAUGAUUUGUUACCUC